CGUGAAGCUGCGUUUUACCGCUUGCUGAAAUUGCAGAUGAUGCAAAAUGAUUAAACUCGCGCAUAUAUUGUACCACGGUACCACUAUUGCUCACUAUUGUACUUUAAUUUAACCUAAAAAAUUUAUCGCCUUCUGUAAUCCAAACAAAAAUAAGGGUUUUGUCUAUACUUAAAAUUUGUAUCUCAAAUGUAAACAAACUAAACACAUGGAACGUCAAAAAUAGCCGCGUCGGUAUGACGUUAAUAAUAUUGCCCGUCUCUCUGAAUAUAUGGAUUUCAGACCCUACUCAUAGGAAAAUUAUUCCUACAGUGUAUUAAUAAUGGUGAUUAACGGUAGCGUCCCUAGCUUAGCUUAGCUCUAAUUUGCGAUAUUUAUAAUUAUUAUAACUUCUUAUUUACGAAACGUUGAAUAUAUGAACUUCGAAUUGUGCCAAAUGUUCAAUUAUACAAUCCUUCAUGAGCCUAAAGCUGUGCUUACGAUCAGUAUUAUACGUGAUAAUUUGAAUAUAUCAAUCAACUAUAACACAAGAAUUGCUCAAUUUUCUUGUUAGAUUUAUUGAAAUAAUUUUGGGUAAAAAAUUUAUCUACAUAUAAAUGUAUUAUACAAUAUAAAUAUAACUACCUGCGUUGUACGAAUUACUUAAUGAGUAAAUUCAUUUUAACGUGCAAUAAUGGAAAUUUGGUGGUUUUCUCGAGUCGUCGCGUAUCAUCCUUACGCUAUUCUUGCAGCAGUUUUCGUAUUUUCUUCAACAUGUUUGAUUGUUCCAUUAACUACAAAGAAAUUCCCGGAUUUUUCCGAUCCUCAAUUAGGUUUUGAGGCAAGAGGAACAACUUUGGCCGGCCGAUUAGCCACAUGGCAAAAUUUAAUCGAAUCCAUCAGACCCAGAGGAAAUCUUAUUGCGAAUCCUCUAGAAUAUUAUCAACAUGUUAUUCAAUUGAUAAACCAGAACGAUACAAGCUUAUGGAAUUUGCAAAAUAUAACUGCGCUUCAAGGAGGAGCUAAAAAGCAAUCACGAAAUCGAGGAAAAAAAAAAGAUAAGAAAUAUGGACAGAAUAAGAACCAUGCUGACAAAGUUUUGGGUAAAAAUAUAGGGGGUAAAGAUAAAUGGGAAGAACUCAAGCAGCUCAAUAAUGACAGAAGGAAUCACCUAGAAAAUUUGGAUAACACAAAGGACCCUGUCCACCAAAAAAGUAAUGGAUUCUUCUGCAAUCUUCCAAGUUCAGCCUAUGCAAGAUUUGUUAUUAGUUCUGCCUCUGGGACCGAGGAUCUUUGGACCCUUGAGGGGAUAUUGGCCCAAUGUCAUAUAGAUGCUACUCUUCGUGCAACUGAACAUUUUUCGUCUUUGUGUCAAACACAAAAUCAAAUUCAUGGCGAGAAAAAGAAGUGCUGUCGCAGCUGGUCCCCGGCCAACUAUAUAGCUCUCUUAUCAAAUAGAACAUCGUGCCUAGGAGUGAACGAAAAUGACCUAGUGAGGGUAAAAACUUUGCUAUGGAGAUGCGCACCGUUUUAUCACAACUUUCAGCUCACACCAGACUGUGCCGAAGAUUCCAAUUGCCAGAGACGAGUUCCAACGGAAUGCCUUUCUCACAAUGCUCCGUAUCAUCUUCUUUAUUAUCUAUUAGACACUGCGUUCAUCCCUUCUAAUAAUGGAAGCAGUUUGCUAAAACUUAACACAACCCUGAGUUCUGCAAUGCUUUUUCUACCAAUGGCAGCCAGUUCUGCUACUCUAGAUUUUUAUAAAGUUUUAAAUGAGGGUGGUUUAACCUAUGGAAAAUUCCGAGUACAGGCCAUUCAACUUGGUUUAAAAAGCACGCUGUUUGAUCGGCGUCUCGUCUCAGAUUCCUGCCUAGUGCUAGCUGGUUUUGCUUUUGUAAACGUUUGCAUUUGGGCCUACACCGGUUCCGUCAUAUUGACAGCUGCAACAAUCCUUGCUGUUCUUUUCAGCCUAGGAAUCUCGUACGCCUUCUAUACUCUUAUCUUGCGUAUAAAUUUCUUUCCUUUCAUGAACCUUUUGGCCAUUGUCGUAGCUGUUGGAAUUGGGGCAGACGAUGCAUUCAUAUUUUGUAAAGUUUGGGAGUGCGGGAAACAAAAAAAGCUCCCCAACGGUGGACUUGUCAGUCUUGUACAAGAAACAAUGAAACACGCUGUACCCUCAAUGCUCGUUACCUCUCUUACUACUGCAGUGGCAUUUUUUGCAUCCAUAGUUAGCAAUGUUACAGCUAUAAAUUGUUUCAGUCUUUUUUCUGGAAUGACAGUAAUUGCUAAUUUUUUUCUAAUGGUAACUUGGCUGCCAGCAAGCGUCGUCAUCUCAGAGCACUGUCAUUUCACAAUAUUGUCCCCGGCGAACUUUAUGGUCAGGAAAAUCUACAGACCACUAAGAAUAUUUAUUGGAAAGAUAGCGAACGACUUUGGCAAAGUGCUAUCCAGGAUUGCCAUAGAACUGCGAUGGGUUUGGUUGGUGAUUCUUGGAUCAACAGCCGUUGCCGCCAGUUUCAUCGUCUUCAGAUAUCCGGGCCUGCAACUUCCAGAUUCUCCUGAAUUUCAACUGUUCGAUAGUUCGCACCUUUUUGAAAAGUACGAUCUGGUAUUUUCCCAGAGAUUUUGGUUCGAGAAGGUUGAAAUGGGUGAUGGAGGAGAGGUCUUGCCACUGAGAUUUGUUUGGGGAGUCAAACCAGUGGAUAAUGGAAAUUAUCUAGACCCAAGAUCAAGGGGCACGCUGGAAUGGGACGAAUCUUUCGAUGUCUCCAGUCAAAAGGCCCAGCUCUGGCUGUUGCAAUUUUGUCGCGGUCUGAGAGCGCAACCAUUUUAUCGCAGCACUCUGGGUCCCUUGCUCCCGAAUUGCUUCAUCGAAUCCCUCAGGUCUUUCAUGCAGCGCCGAUGUGUAGACCCCAUAGAUCCACGGAUAAAUCGAGCUCCGUGCUGCGAAAGCAGCGUGUUUCCAUAUCCUCCUUCCGUCUUAGAGCGAUGUGCCGCCGAAGCGAACGCGGAUUUGUAUCGAACUCCGUCUCAACUCUGGGGAGGCGAAAGUUCCACUUCUGCAGGGCUGAAGUUUCUCAAAGAAGAGAUUCGUCUCAACGCGAAUGACACUAAGCUACCGCAGCCAAAGAUCAGAGCCCUAAUAGUCGAAUAUGACAGCACUUAUACUUACAGUCUUUCUUUUGCCGAAAUGGAUCAUUUUUAUCGUCAGGUGGAAAGUUGGAUGAAAGAACAGCUGCUCAAUGCCCCAACUGGGAUGCGGGGUGGUUGGUUCAUAAGUAGAUUGGAAUUUUACGAAUUGCAACGCACUCUUUAUGAGGGCACUUUAUGUGCCAUGGGGGUAUCAAUGGGUCUGGCAUUGAUUGUGCUAGCGUUAGUGACGCUCAAUCCUUUGGUCAGUUUGUACGCGAUAAUAGCCAUCGGAGCAGCGAUCGUUGUAACUGUCGCUUGCCUUGUUCUGCUCGGAUGGAGGCUCAACGUUCUGGAAAGCGUAGCGGUUUCAACAGCCAUUGGCCUCACCGUGGACUUCAGUCUUCAUUACGGAGUGAGUUACAGAGCAUCUGCCUCAGAAGAAAGGAUAGAUCGAGUGAAAAUGGCUCUAGAUCAAAUGGGCGGACCAACAUUGAUGGCUGCCGUUACGAGCGGAGCUGCAGGAGCCUUUAUGCUUCCUUCCCAAGUUCUGGCCUAUAUACAAAUAGGAGUCUUUUUGCUUCUGGUGAUGGGUAUAAGUUGGAUUUACGCUACGCUAUUUCUCUGUCCAAUUCUAGCCGUUAUUGGACCUUCGCAUCACUUUGCACAGUACCAGUAUCCCAGGUUUUCGACCUCCUGGUUUCGUUUCAACUUUCGAAAAGGUACCGAGGAAUCUGCGACUGGUGAGGGAAAGACCGGCCGAGAUAAAGCUCGCUGUCGGGAACGUGACAGAGAACGAGAACGGGAGCGUAGAAAAGGUCGAGGAAUGUUAUCAGAAUCAACGCUUAGCACUUCGAGCACGGUCUGCCAGUUCCAUUGCGGAGAACUUGAAGCACUGGCAGGAAGGGGACCCCCGUCGCCUUCUCUACCACCUUCUCCUUCCGCAACGUUAUUAUUCCUAGAACCAUCCCUGCAAAGUGGUCCUUCGACCUGUAGAAACAGCAAACGAAAACUUACAAACAACGAACUCGAUUGAAGUUCUGACAGCACGAAUUAAUUUCCACUGACUGGUAAUUAAAUCACGUUUGAUUAUUCCGACGAUUGAAAAAUUGUGUCUCGUGAAUCUCCAUCAACUAUUUAUACGACUGUGUAUGUCAGCAUUUAUUCCGGGAGAUGGUUCUUUUUUGCCAUGACAUCGGAGAAAAUUAUUAGGAUUAAUUAAAAUAACUGUAUAGAAUCGCUCCAAAGUUCGUUGAUACAUCUACCUGCUAUGUGAUUCAAUAUGAAAGAAAAAUGGAAAAAAAAAACAAAAUUGAUGGUUCGUAUAGUAUACAUAUUAUUCAUCGUGUGUGAUUUGGUGUACGUGAAAAAUUCUAAGCAAACUAUUACAAGUAAAUAAGAAAAACCAUCGCAAUAGAUUUGGGAGACCUGAUUACGAUUGAUUGUUGUUGCAAACUGAAUAGGUAUAUAAUAUAACUAUAGAUUCUUUGGUUGGUCUAUCGAACGGUUCAAAGAAACUUCUAGGCCGAAGCAAACAAAACGUGAGAACAAAAACUCGAGAAAAAUGCUCUAUAGUUAAAAUUCUUUUCUUGACAAACAACUGUUAUAAUGACAAAAAGUAAAAGUGCAUUGGUUGUUAUAUAUCAACGUUGAUAUUUCAAAUAUAAUUAUUACGUGUUGUUAUACAAUUCUAUAUGUUGUAUAUAUCUAUAUACCAUAUAUUGAUAUUAUUUUAUUGCAAUGUUACUUAUACAUAUUUAGAGUAUAGAAAAAAAAUCCAAUAUCUCAUGAGGUGUCAAGUCGUAUUGCAAAAGAUAAAAAGUAAAAUAGAACCAAAAUCAAUUUGACUCAGUUCGCAGCUAUAAAUACCAAUUUUCAGUUCCUUGCAUAAUAAAAUACUUUUUUAACUUUAUCAUGUAAUACCAUCGCUCUA